GCUCCUCGUCCCCGCCUUCCCUCCGCUGCCUCCUUUCCCUCCCCGCUCCCCAGGGCCCGGCACUCGGGACGCUGCUCGGCGCCCGCCCGCCCGCCGCUGCCUGUGAGGAAAAGGCGGCCUCACCCCCCCCUCCCGCUUCUCCCCACCCGCCCCUCCCGCCGACCGGGACUCGCCCCGAACCGGGAGGGAGACGGUCUCUGCCCCUUCCUCCUCCUCCUCCUCCUCCUCCUCCUCCUGCAGCGGGGGCCGCAUCCUGCUGCCGGGGGGGAGGGAAUUGAUGUGGAGACCCAGCGCAGCACCAUGCAGCCCCCGCCGAGGAAGGUGAAAGUUACACAAGAGCUAAAAAACAUUCAGGUUGAGCAGAUGACAAAACUUCAGGCCAAGCAUCAGGCAGAAUGUGAGCUACUUGAAGAUAUCAGAGCAUUCAGUCAGAAAAGAGCUGCAAUUGAGAAAGAAUAUGCACAGAGCAUUCAGAAGCUGGCUAGCCAAUACUUAAAGAAGGACUGGCUUGGAAUAAAAGCUGAUGAGCGAAGUGAUUAUAGGAGCAUGUACUCAGUUUGGAAAUCACUUUUAGAAGGCACGAUGCAAGUGGCCCAAUCCCGACUCAGUAUCUGUGAGAACUAUAAAAACUUAAUUUCUGAACCAGCCAGGACUGUACGGUGCUUUAAGGAACAGCAGUUGAAGAAGUGCGUGGACCAGUUGACAAGGAUCCAAGCUGAAUUACAAGAGACAGUAAAAGAUUUAGCUAAAGGCAAAAAGAAAUAUUUUGAGACUGAACAGAUGGCUCAAGCAGUGCGGGAGAAAGCUGAUAUUGAGGCCAAGUCCAAACUUAGUCUUUUUCAGUCAAGAAUAAGCUUGCAGAAGGCAAGUGUAAAGUUAAAAGCACGACGAUCUGAGUGUAAUUCCAAGGCUAUCCAUGCAAGGAAUGAUUAUCUUCUAACUUUAGCAGCUGCUAAUGCACACCAAGAUCGCUAUUAUCAAACAGACUUAGUAAACAUUAUGAAGGCUCUUGAUGGAAAUGUAUAUGAUCACCUUAAGGAUUAUUUAAUGGCAUUCAGCCGGACUGAACUAGAGUCAUGCCAAGCUGUACAAAACACAUUCCAGUUUUUACUGGAGACUUCCAGCAGGGUGGUGCGGGAUUACAAUCUACAGCUGUUUUUACAGGAGAACUCUGUGUUUCACAAACCGCAGCCUUUCCAGUUCCAACCAAGUGACAGUGACACUAGUUUUAAUGCAGUUCAGCUGGUGGAUAUUGAGCCCUCACCUGUCAGUGCUAUGAGAAUGACUAUAGCAGAGAGUCGACAACUGGAAUCGGAAACUGGAACAACUGAAGAGCACAGCCUCAACAAGGAGGCUCGGAAAUGGGCUACCCGGGUAGCCCGUGAGCACAAAAACAUCAUCCACAGUCAGCGGACACUUGAAGAGCUAGAAUGCCAUGGGCCUGUGAUGUCUGAGCAAACCCGAGCAGAACUGGAGCAGAAAAUAGAUGAAGCCAGAGAGAGUAUACGCAAGGCUGAGAUAAUUAAGCUGAAAGCAGAAGCCCGUCUCGAUCUGCUGAAGCAGAUCGGUGUGUCCGUGGAUACUUGGCUAAAAAGCGCCAUGAACCAAGUGAUGGAGGAACUGGAAAACGAACGCUGGGCCAGCCUGCCUUCAGUAACCAACAACGGCUCUUCACACCUGAUUAAUGCUGAUGCAGAAAAGGAAGAAGGUGAAGAGUUUGAAGACAGCAUGGAUGUUUUUGAUGACAGUAGUUCUAGUCCUUCUGGUACUCUAAGAAAUUAUCCUCUCACCUGCAAAGUUGUUUAUUCAUAUAAGGCUUCUCAGCCAGAUGAAUUGACCAUAGAGGAACAUGAGGUAUUGGAGGUUAUUGAAGAUGGAGAUAUGGAAGACUGGGUAAAGGCACGAAAUAAAGCGGGUCAAGUGGGUUAUGUGCCAGAGAAGUACCUGCAGUUCCCGACAUCCAGCAGUCUGCUGAGUAUGCUACAGUCCCUUGCGGCACUGGAUAGUCGAUCACACACCUCAAAUAACUCCACUGAGGCCGACUUAGUCUCAGGCAGCCUGAAUGGAGACUCCAGUGUCUGUUUUGUAAAAGCACUUUAUGAUUACGAGGGCCAGACAGAUGAUGAGCUGUCCUUCCCAGAAGGAGCGAUCAUCCGCAUCUUGAACAAGGAAAAUCAGGAUGAUGAUGGCUUUUGGGAAGGAGAAUUCAAUGGACGCAUUGGGGUGUUCCCAUCAGUAUUAGUUGAAGAGCUUACGGCCUCAGAAAAUGGAGAGACUCAGUGGAUUGGAGAUAUUCAGGUAUCCCCAACUCCGAAGCCUAAUAAUGCCCUUCCACCGCUGCCACUGUAUGACCAGCCUCCCACUAGUCCCUACCACAGUCCGGAUAAAAGAGGUUCUCAGUACUUCCCCAGAUCACCGUCAACUAACGAAAACAGCUUCAGUUCAGAGUCCCCUGCAUUCUCACAGCCUCCGCGAAUUCCUCCGGAAACUUCAUAUGGCAAACUGCGACCUGUGCGAGCAGCUCCACCGCCCCCUACACAGCAUCAUCGCCGGACAACAGAGAAGAUAGAGGACGUGGAAAUUACUCUGGUGUAAUGAUUGGACUAGUUAAGUAGUAGUGCUACAAUCAAGACCAAACGCGGUAUUUGGUCAAUCUCGUUUUUAGGCACCUUUGCAUGAUGAAGACUUUUACUAUAGAGCAAGAGAUAGGGAGGAUUUUAUGUGACAGUGACAUGGCGGAUUCCUUCCCACAGUCAUGAAUAUUUUGUGCCUUUUUUUUGGUUUGAUUUAUAUACAUCAUUCUUCCUCUCUUAGCACAAACCAAGACCGGCCAAACAGCGAGCAGAGGAAUUGCCUUGGAGCAGGUUUCUCUCUUGGCUGAAGAUGGUCAAUUUUUGUACGGAGGCUGAGGAAAGAGCCUCAUUCAUGCAACUUAGUCAUAGCAUACUUCGAUCACGUGCAUUAGUACAGUAUAUUACUGUUGCCAUAGGAAUGUGUUAAAGAUUGUCAAUUCUUCAAGUAGCAUUACUUGUCUGAUUAGGUAUUAAUCAGAUCUUGUGGAAUGAAAAAGGGAACUGAAAAAUAAGUAUAAGGAGAGGCUGGCUCCUCUUUAAUCCCCUUGCAGAAAGGAAGAAACCGGAAAAUAAUCUUAUAGAUAAGGAAAACUGAUGCAGAUCAUAUGGCGUUAAUUACAUUAAUGCACACCUCUUCAAUAAUUAACAGUUAAACUGUUAUGUUCUUUGUAUUAAUAUUUAUGCAGUACAUUUAGUAAUAGAGUAUCUAAUAUGGAGGUGCUGAAUUAGUAGCAACAUCUUGUUCCAUAGCAUAAACCAACUGGUAGAAAAGUAAGUGAGAUUUUGUCUAGAUCUGGAAAUUGAGCUUCAUUUUUUUCUUAGCAGAUUUUGGGGGUUUUGGUUUUUUUUUUAAAGUAUUUGGGUCACUCUUAUCCCAGUUAUUGCCGUGUACUUUAUUAUCCAACAUUAGCAGUGUAUCUUUGUCAUCAAAACAUCUGGCUAGAGUUAGAAGUUACAUUUAGAGUAUUUACAUGCAUUAUUUAGUUUUUGCAUUGGAUGGUCCUGUAGCAUUUUCCCAUGCGAAGCCCGUUAACUAGCCAAAGCCGGAGAGCCAGGAAAAGCUCUGGUUUCUGCGAAGCCUUCAGCCCGCCUUUGUGGCCAAGACUAUGGUCUCAAAUUACUCUUAGGCAAUAAAUAGAGAGUGAAGGAAUUUCAAAACUAAUUUUCAAUCGGAGAUCUCUGAAAAGGGAGCUUUUUGUUGUUGUUGUUUCAAAGAAAAGGACAGAGGAUAUUCUGAGGUUUAACGUGGAGAGAAAUGGUCAGAGGAAAGGGAAAAACUGGAUGAAAACAGGUUUUUCUUUGUGUACUUAGUAAAUUAUUUUCAGCAAAUCUCCGUCAGGUCAAAGUUUCAGUUAAAAGGCAUCACAGGGUUGGUUUUUUUGAGCUGUUAUAUGGGUUCUAUUGAACGUGCUCUUAUGUCGUCUUUUUUUUUUUUUUCUAAGCCAGUAAGUUUUCUACUUUUAGUUUACUAACAAGGGCUAUUUUUUGAGGCUGCAUUUACAAAAAAAAAAAAAAAAUCAUCUAACAAGAUUUUAUCAUAAACUUUGCACAUACUUGUAAAUCCCAACCCAAGCUGGGUCUCUGAGACAUUUAUGUUUGCCAAUCUCCUUUCCCAGUGGGAUCUUUAACCAAGAGUGGGGCUGUUUGAAGAAAACAAUUCAUGGAUCAGUUAUGAAAUCGGUGACUGUCCAAUGAAGUCUUUUCCAUAUUUUUCAUUCUUUUGCACCUCUUGUCCUGUUGAUCUGUUUGAGGUCUUUUUAUGUGUUUAUCAAACUUAUUCUUAAGUUUAAAAAAAAAAAAGUUUUUAAAAAAGAUUUAACUGUUUGCAAAAAUUUUGAAAGCUUCACAAUGCAGAAGAAAAGCAAGUAUUGCCAUAAUGUUCAUGUUCAAUUUCUUUGGCCAGUUUUUCUGUGUCCUUCAUACCUGGACUUUCAAAAUUCAGAAAGUGUUAUUUAAAGUCUCUUUAGUUGUAUUUUAAAAUAUUUUCUGUAAGAGCUGCUAAUUUUAUUUAAAAAAAAAAAAAAAGAAAAGUUGUAAAAAUAUGCCUCCUUUUUAACUAUGAUUUCUUCAUACAGGGCAUGUAUUCGACGUAUCAUCGUGUACAGCGUCAGUACACUGAAAGCAUAGGUGCAAAUGCUUUCUUUAUAUUGGCUGUAAAAAGUUUGUAUUUAUUAUGUAUAAAAAGUUGAAUAAUAAAAAAGUGGAACUAAA